ACCGGCGGAGUUCAGUUCCGGUAUGUUCACGGAAAAACCCUGACCGACAAGUGCAGCUACUUCCGCCUUCAGCCGCGUCUCAUCACACAGAAAUGACGGCUACCUUGCGCCCAUAUCUCAAUGCAGUUCGUGCUACCUUGCAGGCCGCACUCUGCCUGGAGAACUUCUCCUCGCAAGUGGUGGAGAGACACAACAAGCCAGAGGUGGAAGUGCGAAGUAGUAAAGAGUUGCUCCUCCAGCCUGUGAUCAUCAGCCGUAACGACAAGGAGAAAGUUCUGAUCGAGGGCUCCGUUAACUCUGUCAGAGUCAGCAUCGCUGUCAAGCAGGCAGAUGAGAUUGAGAAGAUUCUGUGCCAUAAAUUCAUGCGUUUCAUGAUGAUGAGAGCUGAGAAUUUCUUCAUCCUGAGGAGGAAACCAGUGGAGGGCUAUGACAUCAGCUUUCUCAUCACCAACUUUCACACGGAGCAGAUGUACAAACACAAACUGGUGGACUAUGUCAUUCAUUUCAUGGAGGAAAUUGACAAGGAGAUCAGUGAAAUGAAGCUUUCCGUCAACGCCAGGGCUCGUAUUGUUGCCGAAGAGUUCUUAAAAAAUUUCUGAAAGAGAGAGAAACCCGGGGAAUACAUUUCUUUUGCAAUCUUGGCCGUCACUGUGGAGCUUCCACAUCACAGAGCAGAGAGGAGGAAAUCUGAUCAGCCAAGUUGAGAAACACAAGACAGAAAUGGGGUUUUGCCCUUUAAACUUAACAUCAUGCCCUUUUGCUCAAAAACAUAGAUUUUUGUACAUAAUGAGUUUUCCCACAAGAUAUUAAUUUCUGCCUUUUUAGAACAUUCAACGUCAGGGCAGGCACUUAAAAAGCUAUUUGUAAUCAAUAUUCCCGA